AUGCUUGCCAUCUUCCCCCUCCUCAUCUCCGCCGCCGCGGCUUUCGUUUUGCCAGAGGGCCUGUCCGACGGCUUCUACCGCGCAUCCAUCGACGAGCGUGGCUACGAGAUCCACGAGCUGCUGUCCGCCGGCAUCGACGACGCCAACCCGACCAUCGUCGCCCAGAUGGCCCCCACCACCGAGAACGAGACGUACGACCUCCCGGCCCAGCUGCAGAAGCGCGCCGGGACCAAGUGGUGCGGGUGCGGCUUCACCCUCGACCACGCCGGGUGCGACGCCGCCGUGGCCGACAUGAAGGUCCAGGUCAGCGGCGGCGUCCACAUCCAGGCGCACCUGGCCUACUACUCCAUCAAGGGCGGCGUCGUCUUCUUCGCCUGCAACACCGGCAACGGCCAGCUGUUCAUGGACGCCCCCACCGUUGCCUACGUCGCGAGCGAGAUCACCAAUGCGUGCGGCUGGUACAUUGCUGGUACCUUUGCCCGAAGCGGAUACCCGUCCGAGGCGUCUGGAUACAUGAGAUACUCCUCUGGACUGGACUUUUGCGGUGCCGCUAAGUCUUCGUCCGCCCAUAGCUGUUGA